AUGACGCUCCCUUCUACCAAGGACAAAGGCGCUCUGAUGAAGCUGAUGGAUAACGACUCUGUUUUCAAGGAUAAGAUGGAUUUCGCAACGGCUUUGGCAGGCAAAAUCGGACCAGAAGCGGUCAUGGAGAUCUAUGCGGCGCAGCUGUCACUCCAGCAACUGAGUGAUGGUGGCUAUCCUUCAGAGAUGGAGUCGGUCAUCAGAGACAAGGCCAAAGCCACGUUCAGGCGUUACGCAAAGUUCUUAGGCGCGGUUUCCAGUCUCGGCGAACCUCGUUUGAGCCGCUCGUACGGUCCUGGAGAGUCACCAGCUCACACAUUACCCUCGGAAUCACUAUCCCUGAUAUUCAAUUGGGCGGCCGAGACUCAGUCUUCGAUUGGCCCAAAGGGAUGGACUCCUCGACUUUUGCGCCUUAUCUGUCGUCACUGGAAGAAGGUCGCCGAGGAGACGCCUUCCUUGUGGCGGAAUAUCGACUUCUCUGGGAGCAUGGAGUGGACGCAUCGUUCGAUACAGUGGUCGAAAUCUGUUCCCCUGGAUGUUAGCUUGGUCGGCUAUGGUCUGCCGACUGCGACUUUCGUGGAACGCGCGCAAGUCGCUCUGGUAGAGCUUUCGCGGAUACGCACGCUGAGUGUAGCGAACCCGAAAGAAGAGAAUAUUGCUCUACUGGUGAACCUGUUUGCCUCGCGUCCAGCGCCGUGGUUGAUAGAGCUGGGAUUUACCGCGGGGAACAUGUACACCGCAGGCACAGGCGGCAUGGACGUUUUCCACAGCGGGACCUUUGCAGGCGAAGUCCCGACACGUCUGCGCAAGCUAGUCAUGAGCUAUGCGAAGAUCAAUCCAUCAUUUCCCGCAUUCAGUGCACCGCUUGUUACGCUCGACCUUCAGUUCUGCAACGUGUGGCAGACCGUCGAUCAACUUCUGCACUCCCUCAAUAGUCUACCAAAUCUUGAGCACCUUAUCCUCAGGACGAACAGCGAGGUCCCGCGGAUGCACGCGAGCAAAGUCCACGACUUUAAACCCAAGGGCGUCAAGCUUCGUAACCUGAAAACCCUUUGUCUCCGCAAUGAACUAGCGGUUAUCCUCGCCAUAUUCCCUCACCUCGAUAUCCCCAAUGCAUCCACAGUCUCCAUCGCCAUCGACUGCGAGGGUGCUACUUCCAUCAUGCACCCAAAUGCUCUCUCCGAGAUGAGUACUGUCUUCGGAUCCUACCUCAAUAACGUCUUCGGCGAUAACACUGUGCUGCCUGGCGGGUUCACAACUUUGGCCAUCACUCCUCUCUUAGGCUGGGACGGCGGUUAUGACGCAGUGUUUACAGAGCCUGCCGAAUGUCGGGACGGAUUAACGGAGUUCUCGCUCGGGUUUACUCACGCAGAGUUCGUCGAGAUCAGUCACGAGGCGUUAUUCAUGCGCACUCUCGCGUGGGCGCCCCUGAACAAUCGUAUCACUCGACUUGUAGCCACGGAAGACGUCUACUUCCUAAACAACGACGCGAUAUGGGCGCAGAUUAUUGGCUGCUUGCCCAGCCUGGCGGAAGUGCAUGUUCGAGAAUCUGCACCGGAACUCAUACGGUCGCUCUCGACGUGUGAUCCGGAAGAGGCGCGCUCGCUACGCAAGCUUGUCUUCGAGACAACCGCUUUUGCCGACCCGUUGAUCGACGCGCUUGGGGCUUUCAUCCUUUGUAGACGCGAGAAGGGGCAUCCUUCGAUGAACCUAUCUUUCAUCACUUGCAAAAUCUCCGACGCCGCCCUGGACAAACUCAAGGAGACAAUGGGCGUUGGGGAAGUCUACGUAUUUACCGGGGAUAUGUCUGCGCUCGUUGACGACAGCGAUAACUCGGAUGACGAGUAG